AUGUCAUCUGAACUGGAAUUUGGUAUAAAAAGUUCUGCAGCUGAAGAGAAAGAUUCUGUAUUUAAACCUUCAAAACAAGUCCUCCAAAUUUAUGAAUAUUUGCUGAUUCUUGUAGUUGUAACUCCUCGAAAAAUUAUUGUUAGGUUCAGUAAUGUGGCAUACCUAUUUAAGGUUAAUUAUAAUAAUAAUUACCUCUCAUUUUAUAUAUAUGGUGUAGGAAAGAGCAGUCUAUUGCUUCGUUUUGCAGAUAACACUUUCACUGGUAAUUAUAUUACAACAAUAGGAGUCGACUUCAAAAUUAGGACUGUCGAAGUAGAUGGUGAAAGAGUGAAACUGCAGAUAUGGGAUACUGCUGGUCAAGAAAGAUUUAGGACAAUUACCUCAACGUAUUAUAGAGGGACUCAUGGUGUGAUAGUGGUUUAUGAUGUAACGAAUGGUGAAUCUUUUGGAAAUGUAAAAAGGUGGCUACAUGAAAUAGAUCAAAAUUGUGAAGUGGUGAAUAGAAUAUUAGUUGGCAAUAAAAAUGAUGAUCCAGAUAGAAAAAUUGUUUUAACAGAAGAUGCUCAACGAUUCGCCGACCAAAUGGGUAUACAGCUAUUUGAAACUAGUGCUAAAGAAAAUAUCAAUGUUGAAGAAAUGUUUAAUGCUAUUACAAGAAUGGUAUUAAAAAGUAAGAAAGACCAAAAAGAGAGGCAACAACAGUCUCACGAAAACACAGUUAAAUUACAAAAAGCCUCACAGAGAGGGAAGAAGAAGUGUUGCUAGUGUUAACUGGGAUUUUGAAAUCCAAAAAAUGUUGCUGUGUAUUUAUAGCUCAAGUUUAGCAGCAUUUCUGAUCAGUCAUCAGUUCAUACGAGAUAAGUGCCUGUGGUAACUUUGGUAAAGAAAGGCCACUGUUUGGUGCACCCAUACUUGAGGCUUGUCACAGUUUGUGCUGUUUAAAAAAUGGCACAAAUGUCUGAAGACAGUCAUUGUAUUUCUUACUAAGAUUUAGUUAAGCCAAAAGGAAUCAAUUACUAAAUCUAUCCAAUUGUUAAUUUAUGAAUUAUUAUGAUGUAUUAUGUAUGGAAUUUGUAGCUUUUGCAAUUAGAAGCCUGUGAUAAUAUUUAAGAGUGUAUGUACUUUAAUCAUAUCAAGUGUUUUUUUUUUUUUUUAAAUUUUCUUUAUAUUUUAUAUUACCAUAAUAAUAUAUGUUAUAAUAAUGUGUUAAUUAAAAUACAGUAAUAUUAUGUAAUUAUGAUUAUAUUUAUUACUUCUUAGAAAUUUCUUUUAAUGAGAGAGUAGUUAACAGUAUCUCGAUUUGUUAAAGAAAUUAUUCAUCAAAAUUUUUUCAUUCCUCUUUAAUCAAGGCUUUAAUGUAUGAGAUUAUUGUUAUUUACAUUUCAGAAGAUGAUGAAACUAUAGCAGAAAUAUUUACUGUUCAUCUAAAUUUUUAAGGAAAACAUUCUGAGUUUAACAUUGCAUUUAAGAGUAAUAUUUUUUGGCUUUUAUAGAAAUGAUUCCUUCCUAGCUUCACUAGCUUAAAAUCGCCAUCUAAAGUUUUUGGAUACUUUAAACUGAAGUGCAUUGAGUUGCAUGUAUGCUGUUUCGUUAAAAUAUGUGUGCAUAUCUGGAAUCUGCAAUGUUUGAAGCAUUCAAGUCAUUAUGUUAGCAAACAAAGUAAUUAUAUUUUGUAUGCUGCUUUUAGAAUUUGUAUUGAAUUUAUAAAUUUAUUUAAAAAUGUUAAAAUUUUAGAAGUGCAGUAAGACCGUAUAUCUGCAAAUAGUAAAACAGUUUUAUAGGAUUGUACAUUUGAUAAAGUAUUGAUGUAUUAUUUAAAUACAAGCAAUGCAGUUGCAGUUUUAUUAUUUUCCACUGUUGAGGUCUUCCUGUUCUUGUAAAAUAUGUAACAUAUAUUGUUGUAAAAGGAUUUUGUAUAAUUUUGAUAUUUAGAAGUGUUCUGUAUUUUUAAUUUUGUUCUUGCAUUUAAAGUCCUUGCUUUGAAAGACCAAUAUUUAUAAGAGUUUAUGAAUUGUUUUUAUGUUUCUGUAAUAAUGAAUCUAUGAAAUAAAAGGGCAUUUUUAAUUAAAA